GAUAAUCAGGAAGUACAAGAAAUGUCAAGUACAAAAUGCAGAAAGUGAAAGUUUCGUGUUCACAAGUGGUCGUUUUCCAUGGAUAACAUAGCUUAAUACGAAGAUAAUUGAUUUCAAAAACGUAUUUCAAAUUGACAUCCGUUAGCAUUCAGCAAUGCAGCUGGAGUUCAGCUGUUCAAAUAUUUUAUUUUGGAAAUUGGAAUUGCAUUUUGAGUGAAUGUAGAUUAUCUUAGUAGUUAGAAUUUAUAAUACUGUAAGUGAUAUUUAAGUUUGGUAGUUUAUAAAAACAAAUAAUGAUGACGAGUGGAUUUUAAAAAUAUUUUUCAAACUUACAACAUUUUUCUUUCUUUUUUCUUAAGAACUGUAGUGUAAUAAAAUGAAAGUACAUGGAGAAAUGAUGUUAAAUUCCAAACAAGUGAAACUAAGGCGGUCAAGAACACUAAAUCCAGAAUGGUUUCCAGAAAGUCCACCGACGCCGCUAGGAAUACAGAAGCAGCUGGGAUAUGACCAUUUACCGUGUGGAGUUGGGGAUGAAAAUUUGACGAUGCAAAGAGUGCCAGGACCCUCAUGUAAAGCACUGAAACAUGCUGUCUCAGCUCUGAGUCGUUUAGAUGACUUCAUCUCUGAAAAACUCGGAGAGGGUUUCUUUGCAGAAGUCUUUAAGGUAACCCACAGGACGACAGGCAAGGUUCAGGUGCUCAAAAUGAACAAGGUACAAGACAACCGCCCCAACGUUCUCCGCGAAGUGCAGCUCAUGAACAGACUUUCACACAAGAACAUCCUCAGGUUUCUGGGGGUAUGUGUUCACGAGGGCCAGCUCCAUGCUUUGACAGAGUUCAUCAAUGGUGGAGAUUUGGAACAGCUACUUGCUAGGAAGGAGGUUGAGCUGCCUUGGACAGUGAGGGUUAGCAUCGCCCACAACAUCGCCUCCGGCAUAGCCUACCUGCACUCUCGUGGAAUCAUGCACAGGGACCUUACUUCUAAGAAUGUGUUGAUUCGCAAAGAACAGGAGACCUAUACUGCUGUAGUUGGGGACUUCGGGUUGUCCGCAAAAAUCCCAGACCCAUUGCAGAAGAAGCAGCUAUCCACUGUGGGCUCACCAUUCUGGAUGGCGCCAGAGGUCAUUCUGGGCCAGUCAUACAACGAACUGGCUGAUGUGUUUUCCUAUGGUGUGAUAUGUUGUGAGAUCACAGCCAGGGUCUCAUCUGAUCCAGAUAUCCUACCUAGAUCUAACAACUUUGGUAUUGACUACAAGGCCUUCAGUGAGUUGGUGGAUUACUGUCCCUUGGACUUUCUCCGUAUGGCAUUCCGAUGCUGUCAGAUUGAACCAAAGAAGCGACCACCAUUUACCGAGACAGAGAUAUACACACAGCAGAUCUAUGAGAACUUGAAGAAUGACAACUGCUCAACCAACAGCCAUGAGCGAAGAAACUCCAUAGAUGGUUCAACCUACCAUAAGCGUUCACGAUCUGAAGACAACAUUCUUCAGGUAAACGAGGAUGAAUAUGAUGACGAAGCCUUUGAAAACGGGACUGAAGAUAUUGUCACAUGUACGCCAGUAUUAAUUGGAGAAGCUAUGAGCAGGGACGACCCGUUUUACCAGCCUUCGAUAUCUAACCCUUUUGCCGACAUGGCAGGAUUUCACAAAGGAUGCAAGAUGCUAGGGAAGUCGUUCGGAGAUGUAGACUCUGUGAUUUUUGAUCUUCCGUCUCCAUCCUCACCCACGACCCCUCCGUGUACACCCAAUCAGGGGGGGACAGCUCUAUCAACUAAACGACUGUCUGUACGACAGAAAAGCCAGUCUCUGCCAUCUUCUCCUGUCUUGUUACGCAAAGCAGCAGAGAGAAUGCAUCAGGAAUCGAUUCAUGGCUCAAAUAGUAAAAAGUCAUCUCUAAAUCCCAAUAGGUACUCUUUUUCCGCUUACAGCACACGUUCAAAAAGUGUUUUCUUCCCGGAGGCUGUCGCUCAGAGGUUGCAAUAUGAGAUGUUUGACACAGGAAGUCCUUAUAACGGCCGAUCCAGAGAGGGCUCAGUGGAGAAUGAUGCAAAUAGUAACAAUUCAAAAAUUUGUUGCACAAAUCGCCCGAGACGUUUUUCAAAUUUUGAAUCGCGAUCAAAUAAAAGAGUUGAGAGUGUGUCAUUGUGUAACAGCUUUGCGAACUCGCGACAAGAGUCAGUAGAUGAGUCGGGUGAUAAUAGUUUUGUAGAUACAAAUUAUUCGGUAUAUCCAUCGUUGACUUACGCCUCAGACAGUGCCAAAUGUGAUCAAAAGAUGCUGAUUUCUAACAGCAAUAAUAAUAACAAUGACUAUGAGUUACCAAGUCCUUCAGGAUCAAAAGUGUCAUUUGAUGAAACUAGAAGCUCAGUUUCCAGUGUCUCUGACAGUGAUUAUUAUGAUCCCUGGAAUAUGAAGAGGGAAACGUUAACAAAUACCGCUAUCAUUGAGGAGACCUCUUGUCCGCAUGGUGUAAUGGAGACAUCUGUCUAAGAAAUGCUGUGUGAUGUUUUGAUGGCAUAGAUAAUAUGUGUAUUCAGUAUGAUAGUAUCAGGAACCAAGGAUUAUCAAACAAAAGGGGGCUUUCUGUCAAUGUUUACUGAUAUUUAAAAGUGUCUGACUAAAAUUUGAAUAUCAUUAAAAAAUUGAUUUCACUUUAAUCUAAAAUUGCAUUUCCUGAUGGAUGGAAAUUAGGAUGUUUUAAGUUUCACUUUCACAAAAUGGUUCUCUUCCUGAUACUAAUUUAGAUGUACGCAUGUAUAUAUAUAGUUUGUUGUCUUUCUGAGUGAUUGUUGAAUAGUGAAGAAAUAUGUAAAACUUAAUUAUUAAAACAUAUUUUUAUAUUUUUGUAUAAUCAUAUUACAUUGAAUGGACUGAACUAUGUUUUUAUGCUCUAGUAAGCUGGUCUGUCAUUUUUAUUUAAAUAUAAUUUUAUUGUUCAAGUGGUUAUACUGGUCAAAUAAUGGUGCAAUUUAAUGAAAGUCUUGAUUUAGUAACUCUUUUUACACUAAUAACAUUCUAUUCUACUAUUUUUCUAUAAAACAUAAUCUUAAAAAUUGUUAUUAUUAAAGCUCCUUUUAAGCUUGUAUUGUUUUAAUUAAAAAAGUGGAGAUAUUUCUUAUAGCAUUGGUAUUGUUGUCGUAGUCGUGGUGCAAAACUAAAACCAUGAUCAUAACUGAAAAACAGUACAUAUAUAUAAUUAUGUAAAUGAAACUUGGAACACAUGUUGCUGUAGACAAUACACACAUGAAUAGCAGGCCUGUAAUUCUGGCUUAUCUAGUUAUGCCCAUUUCAGCCCACAGAUGAGUGGUGGCAUUUGCUCUGUGGGGCUCAUAUAAUAUUUGUCUUUGAUACUCCAUGCACCGGUAUAUGUAAUAUUUACUUUCAUAUACUGUAGAUUGCUUUCAUUUUGUGACUUUUUUUGGGGGGUGGGGGUGGGGGAUUUGGCCCAUUUCACAAUGUUUAAAAUUCAUAAUGCUGUUAAUAAAUCAUCUGACAAGAACACUUAAGCGAUAGGUUGCUAGGUAUUAAAUUGGCAUCCUGAUUCAUUAAAAAUUUGCAAUAGCAAGUUUUAGAUUAUACAAACGUUAAACCAAGCUUUAAAAUAAUAUUUUGUUAAAUUUUCUGAAAUGUAUUGAUUAUCAGGAAAUCAUCAUGUGACAUGUACAUUAGUUGAAUUGUAAGUAAAAUAUGUAACCUAUGAUAUUUGUAUAAAUUACUAUUCAGAAAUGAGAUGACCUUUUAUUUUUAUAUUAUAAGAAAGAUUUAGAAAAUCUGUGUACAUAUUCUUAGUUCUAUACUAAAGUCUUGUAUAAAUUGCAUUAUUGAUUAUAUCUAUUAUUCCAUAAUUAUUUCUUUGAAUUAAUUUAUUAAAUGAUUCGCAGUACAAAACAUUGCUCAAAUCAAUUCAGUAUAUUUAGUUAAGGCUUUGAUGUAGUUGGAAGAGUUAGUUUACUUGCAAACUUUCCUUAAAGAAGUUUCUUAUUCUAUGUCAUAAAGUGUUUUCUUUGUGUGUGAUAUAUAUUCUGUAUUUAAUGAAAAUUGUAUUAUGGCUAAGUAUAAAAGUCCCACUGUAUUCAUAUUCAUUUUUUAUUAAAAAUUGUAAAACAAAACAUUGAUCAUAUUUUUUCAACCUAUAUUUACUGCAGAUCUGACUUUAUACCAGAUCUGAUGAUUGUUGUAUAGUUGUCAACAUUGUAAAGAAAACUGUCAUUACCAGAUAGCUUGUCUUACCAGAUAGCUUGUCUCGGAGUGUUUUUUUAAGAAACAAAAUUGUGAUAUUCUCAUAGCCUUGGCAUCAGCGUCAACAUCGUUGAUUUGCGGAAAUUUACCAUAUGGAGGUAACUUUGUACAUGUGUUACAAUGUACAUAUAUGUAGCAAGACCCAUAACUCUGAACGUUUAGUUUCUUCCCUUGUUGACUAAAAAGAUUAGACAAGUGUUGACAUGUUGUGCUCUUGUUCUUCCAAAACUAUUAUAUUGUCUCAUUAAAAGGGUAAGCAACAGCAAGUCAUUAGUUGCAAUUACCAAAGAUGAUAAUGAACAUUACCUUAGAAUGAAUUUGGUGGUCAAUUACACCUCUCUCAUUCACACGAACGACUCAUUUUCCACCGGGUUACAUUUUACAUGUUUAUUGACUUAUAUCUACGAGUAUUUUUAAUACAAUUUGAGAACAUAAUUAUUUGUAUAUUUGUUUAAUUACAUUUGCUUGUUUGCUGUUUUUGUUACAUUUUGAUGCAAAGAAAAUGCCAUAAAUUGAUUAAUGUCUCGUUCAAAUGUUUUGUAAACAUACAUGUUUGUUUGUAUUAUGACAUCAGUUAGCAUAAAUGUGUGUAUAUAAAGUCUAAUUUUGACAGAAAACCAAAAGUCUAUUGAAUGUAAUAUGUACACAUCUAUUACGAAAGCGGUUGGUUUACUUUUUGUAUAUAUAAAGUCUAUUUUUCAAAGAAAUCAAAACCUAAUGCCAGACGGUUCCAACUUCUAUAUAUAUUUGAUUGUUACUCGGUACCAUUUGCAUCUGAACCUCUAUGACAAUAAUCAACACAGACAACAUGACUUUGUGUUGAAUUCUGGUAUCUCCUGUUAUAAAUCUAUUGCUAGAAGUUGGAAGUGUAUAAACAUUGUCUACCUCAUUGUCUUGCCUUAUCACUGUUUCUAUUCCCUGUUACUCUUCCUCACUCACACUUUUUCAUUGUGUACACCUGAUGCUUUUUUACUAAUGAAAAACCUUUAUAAUGUUUUAAAAUUAUUUUUUUUACACAAAGUAAAUGAAGUAGAUUUCUAAAAUGGUUGCACAGCAUGGUUUAUGUAAUAAAAUUAUAGGAAAUAUCACAAAUUUCUUUAAUAGUGCCUUAUUGGAAGAUAUUAGUAAAAUUAAAAUAGCUCAUUUGAGGUCUCAAACAUCUUAGUAUAUACAUCUUUAUAGUAUAUUUUUGUGAAACAAUGAAAAGAUAUGAGUAGUUAAGCUUUACAAAGCAAGUUCACCUCAUAAUCAGGGAACCAAUGUUCUUUGUACUGCCGUCAACUGGCAAUUUGGACUAGCACCUUGCAAUAACAUCACAUUUCUUUUCAUCGUAUUCAAAUUAGGGCAGCUUGGCAUCAUAUCAUUUAACAUGAUGCUGAAUGUCAUUUAACCAGUUAAUUGAUCAAUAAAGGGAUUACAUUUUGUCUAUAAAUAAUAGCACAUGGUUGAAUAAUCCAGUGGAUUGCUUUGGCCAUCUGACAAACAAUAGCUGACAAGUGUCCAGACAGAGCGAGGCUUCCACUCGUAUCAUGUCAGUCACAGCUGUCUUCAGCAAGCAACUUGGGUCCUCAUUUAUAAGACAUUCUUAAGACAAUAAUGUUGCUUUAUUGUAAAGAUACUUUUAACUUGUCAUUUUUUUCAUUAGGAAAUUGUUUUUGGCAUAUCACUGUAAUCGGACGUAGAUUCAGUAUAGCUUAAAACAUGGUCUGAAAUGCUACGUUUGGAUUUUGUUUUUAAAUAUUCAAUCUGGCCAUACUUGUUUAUAGGAAAAGUGAUAUUGCCAGGAUAUGUGCAAUAUCAUGAUAUUAACAUGUUUGCAGAUUUUCCAUAUACAUUUUGAUAUUAUAGUAAUAAGAAAAUAAGAAAUAGCAAAGUAUGAUUUUUGCAAGUCCAUGUAGGAUGGAAGUUGAAGCCUAAUUAAUUUGCCAAAACAGGAACAUGUGGAAAAUAAAUAUAUUAUUUCACUAGAAAGUUCAUAUUUUUAUAUUCUAUUUUGGAAAUUAAGUUUGUUCUUGUUAUUUUUGCUUUCUUUUAGAUCAGAAUAAAGAACAUAACUAUUUAUAAAUGAAGAUUGUCCUUAAAAUUGUUACUUCAAUCAGCAUCAUUUACAGUUCACAUACAUUUUCACUUUUCUUCAUUUUAUUAUUUUAUUUAUUUAUUCUUUAAAUAUUGCAAUCAAAAGUUUCAAGUUUCAAAAUUGCACUGAAUAAAUAAUAUUGAAUAAUAAGUAACUGAUGUUGCUGUAUGAAACCCCGUCGAUUUAUUAUUCUUGUUAGAUGGGAUGUAACUGUUAUGCACCUACUAAUGUUUUCCCAGGGCAAAGUUCUCCUUGGACAUUCACACCAUCAGUAAAUGUUCUUGUUUCUCUCCUGCACUGAUCCCUUAAAUUGCUUUGGAUGCCUGAUGCUUUAGGUAUACAACAUUAUGUGAUGUUAAACCUUACUCCAGUCUUAUUUUUAGUUUGGGGUCUGUCUCAGCUAUCCUGAUCAUUUGCUGUCUUAAGUUCCCCCAUGUGUCCACUGCCAUGUCUGAGGGACAAAACAUUGAACAUUGCAUAAGGGCUAUUCCAGUAAAACAUAAAGCCCCCAGGGGGAAGGCAAUUAUUUCAAUAGUAUAUGGGUGGGUGUCUUUUUUCGCUGAUUUUGACCCAAAGAGUUAAAUUGCUUCUGUAGGGGGUCGGUAUAAUUAAAAAGUGCCUUCCCCCCGGGGGGUUAUAUGUUUAAAUGGAAUAGCCCUAAUCAACUACAUGGAAAGUAUUAUAAAAAUCAAGUUUUAUAACCCCUGAAGAUGAGAAAUGUUAUAGCUGAUAUUCAUUUAUCCAGUAGAAGAGUAGAAGUUAACAUGUAUACUAUUUAAAGAUGAAGCUUGUUAAUAAUCAGGUAUUGUUGAAGUUUUGUACAUAUUGCAUAAACAACUAUACAACUAUAGUCACUGUUUGUUCAUUUGUAUGUGAUCUCGUUAUAAUUAUGUAGAUACAGGCAAACUGUUCUGCAAUAAAGUUACUAGUUACUCCA